UGCCGCUGGCUUAAGAGUUUGCACGCCCUGGUCUCUAGGCUCGGCUAAAAGCGGCCCAUGACACCUCUCCUUCUUCUCUCUGGUAAUAGUAAUUAUUACAGUUAUUAAUCUUCUAAAGAUAUUUAAGAAAAUUUCUAAUUUACUAUACUAUUGAGUAUCUUAAUUAUUGUUUGAAGACAAGAUAAUACUGAUUAACGCAAGCUUGUUACUUCUGCUUUUGUUGACAAUCUGUCAUUUAACAGAUGUUCUACCCAACUCAUUUACUUUCUCAUCGAAACAAAGGCAAACUAGCACCUUGCUGGCUUGCCGCAACAUGUAAUGAAAAGUCAUUUAAGAAGUAUUACAAUGCAGCUGCCAUUAAGAGGAUAAAUAUUACAAUAACAUGCGAAGAGAUUUUGCAAGCAAUACAAUUAUGCAAUGGCAACACACAGAGAUUUAGUUUAUAUCUGUCAUCACAGCUGAUGUAUGGUUUAACAAGAAUUUUUUCGUAUCAAAUUAUAUAUUAUCAGAAGGAAAUUUUUGAAAUUUGGAAGAUACUUGAUUAUACCACAGAGUUUGACAAGCCACAAAACAAAUUCUCUGUUGCGAGAGCCCUUGAUACCUCAACAGAAAUUGAACUUCCCUUAGUGGAACAAAAAUUCCUUGAUCUCCAGAUAGAUGAAGACUUGCAUAUUCUUCCAGGUGAAAUUCCUGAUGGCAAACUGCAAGUGCUUAUGCAAGAUGCAGUUUGCCUAAAUUUUGGCAUAUUAACUAAUAAGGAAUUGGACUUUAUGCUUCAAUAUGAGAGUGAUAUCACAUUGGGAAUGAAAGAAAUAACGCAGAUCACAGACAACAGGAAGGAAAACACUACAGAGAUAACUGAUACAGAAAUUGCAGCAGAGUUCCGCCGAGAGAUGCAAUUACCUCGUGCAAUCUUGAGUCCAGUGCUUUCGGAUAAAUCAAAAAUAACAGAUGAGUUUAGAGAAAAUUUACCUUUAACUCCACGAAAACGACUGCCACGUCAGUUGCAGGGAGAAACACCAACGAAAAGGAAGCGCAUAUUGGAAAAUAUUGAAUUACCUAUUAUGGAUACUUUGAAUGUAGCUGCUGCACCUCUAGAGGAUACACCAAUGCCAGAACAAAGACUAACUUAUACAUUGCCUGUAAAAGAUAUGGAAAUGACUUCUUUACGACACAUAAUCACAGACAUUGAUAUGGAAUUAGAACCUAUACAUUCGAGUCUUGAUACAUUUGUAGUAAAAAAGAAAAAUUUAGUUAUUGAUAAAAGGAUAACAUUAACAGACACAAUAUUAAAAAAGUGGCGUCAAAAUAUAAAUUUUGAAUGCAGAGGGAUGAAAAUACCGCGAACAUAUGUGAUACCGUUCAUUGAUCUCUUGAAACGACCAUUACGAUGUAAUACAAAAUCUUUGUGCAAACUUUAUAUUAACCACAUUGAAAAAAUAUGCAGUAGCGCAAACGAAGACAUUGUACCUGUUUUUAUGCAAACUCAAGAAGAAAUACGUGAAUUACAAAAGACAACAGAGGACUAUACAGCACCAAUGACAAGUAAGCUCAUUGAGCUCGAACAACUCUCCACUGAACAAUUUAGUACUGUUCAAGCUCCACCUGUUAUUGACAGACCACUACAUCAGGAGACAAGAACAGAUAUGGAUACAGAUGUUACUGGUAGCCUUGAAGAUAUAGAAAUUUUACUGGGAAAGAUACAAGCUCCUUCCACAACAAAAAAUCAACUUUCAUUAUCUUCUACAUGCUCAAGUAAAAAGUCACACUAUACACCUUUAACGAGCCGAGAAAUCUUAGCUUUCCUAGAGGUAUUAUGGUGUAAUCAAUCAUAUGUAAAGUUCAGUGAUCUCGUCCCAAAAAAUACAAACACGGAACAGAAUGCAUAUACGAAACAAGAUGCUGCUACAGUCUUUUGCAUUCUUCUCGAGCUCCAUGCUCAGAAGAAAUUAAUUCUACAUCAAACCGAGUUUUAUCAUACUCUGUGGAUUCAGAAAUACGAGGAAUACUCUGAUUAAAUGGAAUUGAAAUGUAUAGUACAAUGCAGCCAUCGAUUCAGUACCUGAUUCAAGGAUGUAACUUAUCAAACUUAUUUUAAUUUAACUUAUUCUAACUUCAUUUUUUCUUUAACUUAUUUUAUUUAACUUUAAUAGAUAUAUAUUGAUUAAUGUUGAUUGCACCUGCAAAACAGGAAAAAGUUUCUUAACAAUUGAUAUUAUUUCCAAGAAUAUAUGAAGAAAAAAAAUAUUUAUUUUUGAUAUAAUACAAUAACAAGAUGAUUCAAUAACACACACAUACACACAAGUCAUGCAAUUAUAAAUUUUCAAAAUUUAGCAACACUUCUGGAGUAAUAUGACAUAACAACAUAGCAAGUGAUUAUUUAUUUUUAAAUAGUAUAAUUUAUCAACUGCUCAAAUAGUCUUUUAUUUACAUACCUUUUUUAUAGUG